UUUUUAGUUGUUAUAACUUUUAGACCUAAAAUCGAUUGUUUGCCUUAUUUAUGUUCAGACUUAAAUUUUGUUCUAACCAAACACUCUGUUUUCUACUUACAGCUGAGAAAGCCAAUGGUAGAAAAGAUGCGCCGAGACCGCAUCAACAAUUGCAUUGAUCAGCUGAAGAAGCUGUUGGAGAAAGAGCUCUGCAGCCAAGAUCCAAACACCAAGCUGGAGAAAGCUGACAUCCUGGAGAUGACUGUCAGCUUUCUGAAGCAGCAGCAGAGGCUUCCGGGAGCAUUGGCUCAGAGAGACUAUAACCAAGGCUACUCUCAGUGCUGGAGGGAGUCUCUGCAGUUCCUUAACAUCCACUCCAACAGAGGACAAUCGACCCAGGAGGUCCAACAGGUCCACCAGAGAUCCAGCACAGAGCUCAGCCACAGGUUAUCUGUGCACAGCUCCAAAGACUGCCAUGCUGCUCAACAACAACCCUGCAGGUCUGUCUGGAGGCCCUGGUAGAACCAUGGAGGAUUGACAAAACCUGAGGAAUAGUGAUUUUCAUGUCCCUCAAGAAAGUAGGAGAUAUUCAUUUCCAGGAUUUAAGUUUUGCCAUCAUAUUGAUUGGCGAAGCCUUGUGUUUUUUUGUGUCGUCAGUGAGACGAAAGACUUUAAAGACUGUGGCCUUAUUAGAUAGUAGAUAUAAUAUGGCUCUUAAUGUGAUGUUUCCUCCAUGUAUUAUUGUUUCUCAUUUUUAUUUUCUUCUUUUUAGUUUUAUUUUCUAGAGCAAAUGGUUUGUACAUGGUUUGUGUGAUGUCUGUGUAUUUAACUACAGUUUACUCCAGUGGAGUCUAUAUGGUAUGCAAAAUCAGAUCUAUGAAUUUGUGUUGUAUUUCCAGGUGUUUUGGAGAAUAUUUCUCAUUGUGCUGUAUAUUUUACAAUAUAUUGCACAAUAUUUUAAAUUACAAUUAGGGGAACUUUGAUAAACACACUCCAUUGUGUGUGUGUGUGUGUGUGUGUGUGUGUGUGUGUGUGUGCGUGCGCACAUAUUGUACUUAACAUAUCUUGUAUUUUAACAUAUUUUUAUGAUUCCUUUUGUAUAGGCAAGCUCUUAUAUCUUUUAAUAAAAUGUUAUUUUUCAAAUAAAAUAUCCACUCUCUGGAAUUCAUUUUAUAUCUAAUGUUUUCGCCAUUUAUUGACGUCUAUUACCUUAACACCUCUUUUUAAAACAAAACAUUUGGUUUUGUAGGAUUGACAUUUUACUUCAGUUCAAACCUCAGCUAGAUCUGUUG